UUUAGGCUGGAAGGUUGAAACUGUUCAAGAUACUUUGGCGGACACUGAUGGAACGUUCAGACCAAGAUGUGGCUCAAUAAACAAACCGAAAUUCGACAAUAUGUUACAAAGAUCAUUUAGAUUUCCUACAAUCUUGGGUACAGAGGUGAAGUUUGUGGAUAUGAUGGGCGAAAGCUUUCUGACGUUCAGAAUUCCUCAACAAUUACUGAAGGUUUUCAUAUCUGAAGAAAAGCAAAAGAUUUUAGACUUAAAUAAUCUUGGCGACUUAAACUCGGAUUGGGACAAUGUGCGUCAGGAAAUUCUCGACAACCAUUUUAAAUUAGUCAGUAAUUAUACUGCAUCAUUUCGUCAUCUGAAUAAUUUGAGAGAAAGGCAAGAUAUAGGGGUGUCAUCUUGGCGUAAUUUUAAACCAAGCAGCCUGAAGACGGACAAGACCUUGGCGUUUGUUACAACAAACUUACAUUUGCAAAGACUUAAAGUCAUAGAUGGGACGAAUGAACAAGGCUAUGAUGUGGUUACGUUUGGGGCUCCAUCGGCUCAUUCAAUGAAGUACAGUAAAGGAGGGUUGAGAAGACUUCUAGGAAACCUGAGAGAAGCUUAUUUUACGCAAAGUGGAGGUGACAACAGAGCAAACCGAGCUAAGAAUAAAAGAAUUGAACUGGAACUGUUGAAACAUGCAUUUAAGGAUAUAUGUAAAAAUUUUAAAAGCGCUUUAGCCAAUAACAACUUGGAGGAGGUCAUCGAACUCUCAACAAAGUUGCACGAAAAGGUGAACGAUCUUCUAAAAUACUAUGAAAUGACGUUUAUCAUCGAUUCUCUUGUUUCGUUGAGUACAUCCCGUCCAAUUCCAUCCACGGCUUCAACUUCUCGUGAAGAAUAUGGUGAGAAAUACACAUACAAAGGCCUAAAUGAUUUUCAACCUGAAUCGGAGGAUGCCGAUGACCCCGAAUGCCAGGUUCUGCGUAAUUCUAUUGAAAGUUCAGUGGCGCAGAUUCUAAAAAUGAUUAAUGAAUUGAAUAAAGAAAGUCCGCUAAUUUUGAAUGACUUAGCAAAGAAAAGUUGGCGAACGAUAGGAGAGAAGACUUUGGAUUCCGUGGUAGAUGAUUUACUAUUUUGUUGA